CAUUUGUAUCAUACAGCAAACGGUUCAGACUGCUCUAUAUCAUGCGUUUUAAAUUUCACUGGAAAAUCAAUCUCAGACACAUAAGGCAUUCUUGGAACAUAUGACUGAUAACAGCUAAAGGAAAAGAAAGGUACAGAUGGCAAGACCACUACUCCUAGUAAGGAAAUUAUACCGUAGUCCUAACUACUUAGCUGUCAACAAGGACAUGGAUAUCUCCAUCAACAGUGAUGAUAGGACCCAAGUAACAGUGGAGAGUCAACUGAAUGCUACAUUCCCUGAGUUAAGAGAUGCAAAAGUAAAACAUGGCUUUAGAUUUACCCAUCGCUUGGAUUAUGCUACAAGUGGAGUAUUAUGUUUGUCCCUAAAUAAGAAAGCAGCCAAACAUCUGCACAAGGCCUUUGCUGAUCGUAAUGUUGUCAAACAUUAUCUGGCACUAGUUAGAGGGCAUGUUCAGGUUGACAAGAUGGAAGUUGAUCAGGCACUUGGUAAAGAUGGGAGCUUAUCCUUCCACAAGAUGUGUACGCCAGCUUCUCCACACUGUGAAGGUCCCCGCCCGGCACAAACAACUCUGGUUAGAUUAGAAACGGGUCAGUAUGGGGGCAGACCAGCCACAAAACUGCUGCUUCUGCCACAUACAGGACGGACCCAUCAGUUGCGGGUUCACUGUGCACACAUUGGCUAUCCUAUCAUAGGAGAUUACACGUAUACUGACAGAACUGACACAGAACCUUACAGGAUGAUGCUGCAUUCCUAUAGGCUGAUUACAGAUUGUGGCCUGGAACACCUGGAUAUCACUGCACCAGACCCCUUCAUCCCGGACAUGGAUGAAUUAUGGCAACCUGACCAGGUGUACAGGACUUACACACAGUACUCAGCUAGUAUGAACAAAAACUCAGCUAAGUCAGAAGCCCAUGUAAAUGUGUGCAACUCGGAAAUAGUUCCUAAACCAGUCAAAGCGAAAUCUAUAGAAUUCACAUAACAAUUACAUGUGUACCAUCUUAAUAUGUUUACUACCAAUAAAAUAUUUAUUCAUAAUAAAUAAACAUACAUUCAAUUUUAUCUCA